AUGGAGAAGUUCAUCGUCGGCAUCAUUGGCAUGGGCGACAUGGGAAAGAUGUACGCGCGGAGGCUUAGCGAUGCUGGUUGGAGAGUAAUGGCUUGCGAUAAGGAGGAUCAAUAUGAGAGUUUACGUGAAGAGUUUACAAGUCGGAGCAAUAUACAAAUUCUCCGAAAUGGCCAUCUUGUAUCUCGCGCGUGUGACUAUAUUAUUUACAGCGUAGAGGCCGCGGCGAUUGACCGUGUCGUUGCCGAGUAUGGCCCAUCAACAAAGCUUGGUGCCAUCGUAGGUGGGCAAACAUCGUGUAAAGACCCUGAGAUUAAGGCAUUCGAAGACCACCUCCCGGCGGACGUGGACAUAGUUUCUUGCCAUUCUCUCCACGGCCCUAAAGUCGACACGACAGGCCAGCCAUUAGUUAUUAUCAGACACCGGGCUUCCGAUGACUCCUUUAAGAAAGUCGAGACCGUCCUCCAAUGCUUGCAUUCAACGCACGUAUACCUAUCAGCACACGAGCAUGACCGCAUCACAGCGGACACACAAGCUGUAACGCACGCAGCGUUCUUGAGCAUGGGCAAGGCGUGGCAUUCAACGCGGCAGUUCCCUUGGGAGGGCGCGCGCUACGUCGGCGGCAUCGAGAACGUCAAGAUCAACUUAACCCUACGCAUCUAUAGCCAGAAAUGGCACGUGUACGCCGGUCUCGCGAUUCUAAACCCAGAAGCCCGUAAGCAGAUCGACCAGUACGCGAAGAGCGUGACAGAACUGUACAAACUCAUGCUGGGCGGACACCUCGACGAGCUGAGGGCGCGCGUCCUAGCCGCUAAGGAGAAGGUGUUCGGCGAAGAGCACAAGCCAAAGUGGGCUGAUAAGCCACUGCUAAAGGACGAGGUCCUGGACCAGUUCAUCCUAGGAGGUGCGCGAGCAGAGCGCCAACAGCCGCUUCCUAAUAACCACCUCAGCCUGCUGGCGAUGGUGGACUGCUGGAGCGCGCUGGGCAUCGUGCCGUACGACCACAUGAUCUGCAGCACGCCGCUAUUCCGGCUGUGGCUCGGAGUCACGGAGCACCUGUUCCGGGACGCGGGGCGACUAGACGAGGCGCUGCGGAUCGCGGUCGAGGACAACACGUUCCGCAGCGACGACCUCGAGUUCACGUUCGCGGCGCGCGGCUGGGCGGAGUGUGUUAGUCUUGGUCACUUCGAGACGUGGAAGGAGCGGUUUGUCGUUACGCAGAAGUUCUUCGAGCCGAGGUUCCCUGGCGCUAUUGAGGUCGGGAAUGCGAUGGUGAAGGCGGUGCUGGAGAGUACUAAGGACUAA